UUUAUUUUGACAGGCUGUGUAUCGUCCUUGAAUUUCCGGGUCCAGUUAGAGCAGGACUGUGCGGGAUGGAAACGCGGUGUUUGUGUAUUUUGCUGGUCUGUGUGCUGUCACUGAAUCACGCCACAGCCGACAAUGGCAGCGUUAAAAAGAUGAAAAUGCAAUACACAGGGAUGCCACUGCUGAAAUUUCAGUUUUGUGUGUCCUGAGGGUACAGGCGGGUGUUUGAGGAGUACACUCGGGUUCUCACCCAGAGGUACCCAGACAUCCGCAUCGAGGGAGAAAACUUCCUGCCACACCCCAUAUAUAGACACAUAGCUUCCUUUUUUUCUGUCUUCAAACUUGCCGUGAUUGGUUUAAUUAUCCUGGGAAAAGACCCUUUUACAUUUUUCCACAUGGAGACUCCAGGAAUCUGGAUUUGGGCGAAAGAGAAUAAGAUAUAUGCCUGCAUGAUGGUGUUCUUCCUCAGCAACAUGAUUGAAAACCAGUGUAUGUCCACCGGCGCCUUUGAAAUCACACUUAACGAUGUUCCCGUGUGGUCCAAGCUGCAGGCGGGACACCUGCCCUCCAUGCAGCAGCUGGUGCAGAUUCUGGAGAAUGAGAUGAAGCUGAGUGCACACAUGGACUCUCUGACUCACAGACGGGCGUAGAGGUGUGUGAUGCGAGGCAUUGGUGUGUGAGAGGGCAUUAAUGAAGGUUUGCACUGAACGCAGUGUGUCUGCUGGUGCAGACUGGAUGUCCAGCCUUCUCUCACUGCUCCAAGGGUCUCUCUGUAUCCACAGCCCUGCGGUCCUUGGCUAAUAAUUAUGGAGGAAAUGGAAGGUUUCAUCUGCAGAUAUUCCGUUGUCAUCGACCAAUAAACACACAUGCUGUUAAAUGGGUUUAAAAUUGGUGUUGAACAGUGUUCAUCUGUUUUGGGGUGCAUGCAGUAGACUGCUGUAUUAAUUAAAUCAGUUUUCAGAUUUGUAUUUUCAAACUCUUUGUAAUAUAUGCAGAACUACAGUCCUGUUGUUGAUUUCUCUCUCUCUAUUUCUUUACACUUUCAUCUUUCUUCAUAUGAUCUUGAGCCAAUUUAUUAAUUCCACCGUUAAUGCUAAUUUUCAAAGUAUGUUUUAGUCAACGGUAUUCGUUAAGAAAUAUAAACAGUUCUGUAAAUGUAUUCAGUAACUAAAUAUGUACAUAUCAUCAAGGAUGUACUUUGAUACAUUUUGAUUUCUGAUCAUUUUUAAUAUUCGUUUAUACUCCGUUAUGAAUAAAUUCUGUCAAUGGA